UUGAGUCUCUCAGCAGCAGCUGAAGCUGAAAACUAGAAACACACAAACUGAACUGAUGCUCCUGGACUCUCCUUCGUUUUUAAACCUCUUCUUCCCUCCUCCUCCUCCUCCUCUUCCUCCUCUUCCUCCUCCUCCUCUUCUCUUCCCUCUGCUGUCUCGGGGAACCGCGCGCUUUGGCUCUCCGAUGUGAGGAGUUGGCCCGUGCGUAAUAGUCGGGCUCCGUGCGCGCCGCCAUGGCUUAUCCUCCUCAGGGUUUCCUGUUCCAGCCGUCCGUGUCUCUGGCUCUGCACUCCUGUCCGUCCUUCGGCUCCGGACUCCUCCUGGGACCGAGGACGGAGGAGCUGGGCCGCUCCUCUUCGGGCUCAGCCUUCGCUCCGUACUCGGGAUCAGCGAACUCUCCCGGUUUCAGCUCGCAGCUCCCGUACGGCGGGGAGCCCCGGGCCGCCGCUGCGCUCGGCUCCUUUGUGAGUCCAGGAUAUGAUCCGUCCUCGGGCGUCUCCGGCUCCUUGGACUACCACCCGUUUGGGGCCCUGGGGCCCUACCCUUACGGAGACCCCGCCUACAGGAAGAACGCCACACGGGACGCUACGGCUACGCUGAAGGCCUGGCUCAACGAGCACCGGAAGAACCCGUACCCCACCAAGGGAGAGAAGAUCAUGCUGGCCAUCAUUACCAAGAUGACGCUGACGCAGGUGUCCACCUGGUUCGCCAACGCACGGCGGCGCCUGAAGAAGGAGAACAAGAUGACGUGGACACCGAGGAACCGGAGCGAGGACGAGGAGGACGAAGACAACAUCGACCUGGAGAGAAACGACGACGAGCUGGAGACCAAGAAAGAAGACGCUUCUCAUCUUCCUGCCUCUGUGGGGACCGCCUGUGUGUUGGUGUACAGAGAGGACAGCGGUAGCAGCAGCGACACCGACCCAGACUUUAAAGACUCGGGGGACCGGAGGCUGCCGCUCCUCCCUGGCCCCACUCCUCCCCAAAACGCACCCCCGGUGACGGUCAGAGUGCCAGAGACGGAGCGACCGCUGAGCCCACCAUCUAAAAAGCACGUUGACUCCUGCAGCGCCAUCCAGGGACCGAACCCGGCUCCAAAACCCAAACUGUGGUCCCUGGCUGAAAUCGCCACUUCAUCGGAUAAAAGUAAAGGAUCUAGUGACUCUUCGCAGAGCGGGGGGGCCCCGGCCCGGACCCCAUACCUGCACAACCCCACCCUGCCCCGACACCUCUACUACGCCUCCCCCUUCGUCCCGGGAUACUCGAGCUACGGUGCUCUGGGGCCGCUGCAUGGUGGCUCACACUUAAACGGAUUACAGCAGACGAUGCUGCAGAGAGCCGAGGCAAUGGCCAGAGACUGCAAACUGCGCAGUCAGAGCCAGAUGGAGCUGCACAAACUCAAGGAAGGCAUGACGAACCUUUGAACACUUUAUUCACCGGGACCGGUGAACCUGGGUAGACGCUCGAUCAAUAGAUACACGUGUCGACUUUAACAUGGGCAGGCGUCAACACUUCAGGCUUUAACACUGUUCAACACACGUUUGUUUACACUUUACUAUUUUGGUUGCUUUGGCAUAAUUUUUAAAGUGCUGGGUCAAGACUUUUGGUGUCAUUUUUAGACGCUCUGGGUAGGGCGUCAUUUUUUAACGUGCAGGAUAAAACCACUAAAUUAGGGCUAGGGAAAGAUGGUGGGUGGGGUCUCUAUCGUUGUCUCUC